AUACGGAAUGUUUAUAGCGGAAGAAGGCCUUACUGUUGGGGAUGAUAGAGUGCUGUUUUAAAUGGCAGUGCUGUUUCAAAUCGCCAAAGCGGAGCAGUCAAUCGGAGUUUUAGGAGUCCGGAGAGUGUUAUUCGAAUUUGCGAUCUCCGGGCAUCUCCGGACCAGGAACAAACUCCGCAGUGGAUCUGCAACCGGCACCAACGGAGUUUGCAGAUUAAAUACACUGAUGGCCUGUCGUGACGGAUCGGAUCGCACGCAGUGGUCACUGGUGGGAUUCAAAGGCCCACUGCGACACAACUCAAUCAAGCAAUUCAAGCUCAAUAAUCCAUCACCCCUGAUGAUGUUUGAUCGCCCAUUGUUUUCUGGUCACAGACAUGUCAACCACCUCUGGCUUAAAAUCGUGGCAGGGCAUAUCCUCAUAUCCACAGGGGCGACCUUCCAAAUGAAGAUGAGUCCAUGGCGAUAUUCCCUGUGGCAGUCCCGACUCCCGACUGUCUAUAACGAGACUAUGAACAAUCGAAUCACUGCACAAUUUAUUGACUUGGGUGUUUGCCAUGCCGUGAGCCAUGCACACCUAGCGCGGUUGAGGGUAAUUCGAAAUCUAGGCUGCACCACCCUUCAGAAGAUGCCUUAGCUUGAAGCGUCAGGUUUCCAAGUUGCGGUUCGCAUUUGUGAUGCACUGCUUUUCUCCGGUCUCUUCUCCUGAAACCGUCAAGCCUCACAGGGGAAGGGGCCGUCGAGAUGGCAGAAAGAUCCCAUCCACCAUACCGGCACGUCGUCAACACAAGAUAACGAUUAUGAUUAGCCGGUUGUAGGGGUACAUUAAAUCCAUCUCAUGGUAGCCUAGGAGUUCAACCAUAAAUUUCUUCCAAAGCAGUAACUGUUACUAGCUUCAUUUAUCAACAAGACA